AUGCAUAAUAUCGAUCAAAUACCUCUUGCUCGAUUACGUCCAGAAAAAUUCGAUGAUGCGGCUAUUCAGAAACAGAUAUUACUUAUCCGAGACGCCUGUGAAAACAUUAAUCUUGAUGUCAUUGCUGUUGUCUUUCAUGAAUGUGAUUAUAAUAUACAAAAUACAAUCGCACGAAUAAAAGCGGGCGAUUUUGAGGAUGGUGGCUGGCAAACAGCGAAAUCAAAUAAUAAAAAGAAAACUAUUAAUAACAGUCACGUUGAUCAAACGUUAAACGGUAGUGCACAAAGUGAUAGUGAACAUUCUCCCUCUCAGCAUACAUCCCCUGCGCCAUCGUUACGUGACAGUGGUAGGCGAAGACGUCGACAAGAUCAUUAUCGAUACUCAUUAGCAUUACGUGGAUAUCCUGCACGACGCGGAAAUGCUACCGGUCGAAACCAGCAUAUUCCAUAUCAUUCAUAUCGUAAUUAUCCAAACACUAAUGAGACAAAACAACAAAACGCUAAUAAUAAAACAACAUCAGUAUCAAAAACGAAAGACGACAGUAUACCGCCACCAAUAGCAUCGGUCUCAACUGAUCAAUUUGAAUUUAUUGAUGGUACUACACCAACAUUGAAAUUUGAUAAUAGUCAUAAAAAGUCUUCAUUGCCGUUAUCGACAAAACGCCCAAUACCAUCAUCCAUUCCUCAGGAGCCUGUAUCAAUGCAUUCGAUACUAAAGUGUCCAACAAGACCAAUAGAUAUUCAAUUUGGUGAUGUUCAAUGGAAUGAUUCCGUACCAAUCGCAGUUUCUCCGUCCGAUAGUUCAAUUCUUGCUGAGUCAUUAGACGAUCAAAAGUCGCCAUCGGUAAUACACACGAAUGAUGACGAACAACAAAUUGAGGCUCAAGAUAAUUUAAUUGAAACUACCAAUCGACUUUCAUCAUGUUCGAUAUCAUCAUCAUCAUUAUCAUUAGCAAACAAUACUAUAGCACGUAGCUCAACGAGUUUAUCUUCGCAACGAACUUCUCAUUUGUCUGAUCAAUUAACUGAUUCAUUACAACAACAAGCACCUUUAGAAAUAACUACAUCUUUUACCGGUACAACACAAUUACCGCCAAUAUCAACAACAAACACUUUAGAAUAUUCUUCGCACACGUCUCAAACUACUAGUACAUGUGUACCGAAUAAUUUUCAAUUACCUUUAUCCAACGCUAGUACUGUUUCCGGUAGUAGUCAAUCUGCUUUUACACCCUACAAUACAGCUGGCACUUAUUCAUCAAUACAAAGAGAUUAUUCUCAAACACCAUGGAAUCGACAACAACAAGCUAAUUAUAAAGCAGCUGCAAAAGCAACACUCAUGCAACAAGGAAAUUAUCCCCAACAAGCAUCGUAUCCUAUGCAACACCAACAACAAUAUUUCGUCGAAGCUUAUCCUUAUGUUCAAACACCACUUUAUCCAUAUUUAACGCCCGUUGAUUCUUGGUCCACAGCUAGUCUUGAACCUUAUUCAACAUAUCCGACAGCAGCUAAUUAUAUGCAAUCGUAUCCUACCCAGCAAUCAUAUCAUCCUGCUACUAUUCAAUCCAAUAGAUAUGAUCGAUCUUCAAAUGAAAAAGAUUUUUUUGCUCAUUAUGGACAAAGUCGAAUACUAAAUAGUGAUUCAUCAAAUUCAUCUCAAACAACAAAAGAUACUCCUAUAACAAGUAAACUAUCGGCAACUGCAGCUUCAUUUUCUCAGGGUGCUUCAUUGACAGCAGCUAGUCCGGCAACAACUUUAUACUUCAAUCCGGUUUUAUACACAGUGCCAACUUAUUAUACUUCGCAUCAUGAUCGAAAUAUGAAUUAUUCUUCAGUCGAUAAUCGUGAUAAUCGAAAUGGUGCUUCGUAUGCUAUUCAUAGCAAUAGAAAUCAUUACCAUCACCAACAACAACAACAACAACGUACACAUAAUAAUUCAACGUGGCAUUCACAACAGUAA